CAGGCGCAAGAUCCGCCGGGCAAACACAGUAAGUGGCGAUCGGUGGUGAUGACCGACUAAACUGAACUUACAGCUCCAGGUUGACUGCGCUGCGGCGAACUCGAGCCAAACAUAGAGGAGACAAAAAUAGCAGGAGAAAGAGACAUUUGUUCUGUUCUUCCCUUCUGUCCAUGAUGCGCGAAUCUGUCUUCAACUGCUGUGUUUCUCCACCCCAUCCCUCUGGAGGAGUGGAGGACCAUCAUCAACAUGGCAGCAGAGCUCAGGCUCCACCCCCUAAUGACAGGCGUUUCCUUAUAUUCUUUGACUUUGAUGAGACCCUGGUGGAUGAGUGCAGCGAUGAUUCUAUGGUUACCGUGGCACCUGGCGGGGUCCUGCCUUGCUGGUUAAAAGACACAUACCGUCCUGGUCGCUAUACAGAGUACAUGCAGCGCGUGCUGGCCUACCUUGCUGAACAGGGUGUCACCCCGGCAGCUAUUCGGGGCACAGUGGAAAAGCUCCCUCCCUGCCCUGGCAUUCCAGCUUUGAUGCGCUUUCUACUUUCCCAGCCAUCGCGUGACUUUGAAGUUGUUUGUGUGUCUGACGCCAAUACCAUCUUCAUCGAGACGUGGCUGCAGCACCUGGGUUUCCGACCACUGUUUCAGCGCAUUUUCACAAACCCAUCACACUUUGAUGAUAACGGGCAGCUGCAGCUUCGCCCCUUCCACUCCCAUGAUUGCCUGCGGUGCCCAGUGAACAUGUGCAAAGCAGUGGUGGUUAGGCAGUACGUGGCCCAGCGCAUCCGUGAGAGAGGUAGGCAGCCCUACCAGAAGAUUCUAUAUGUGGGCGACGGGGCAAAUGACUUUUGCCCAUCGCUCACAAUGUCACCAGGCGAUAUAGCGUUCCCACGGCGGGACUUCCCAAUGCACAAACUGAUCCGAGAGAUGGAGGAAGCCAAGCCUGGAGAGUUCAAGGCCCAUGUGGUGCCCUGGACCAGUGGAGAGGAUGUCAUCAACACACUCAGGAAGAUGUUGGAGGGGAGGCCCUAAAUAUAUUGCAUAUGACUAAAUUAGGCCUUAAAAAUACAUACACCUUUCUUUGUAUAUGUGCGCUUGAUUGCAUUCUUAAAGGGGUAAUGACAUGAGGAAUAAAGUUUUUCCUGAUCUUUUAACAUAUAAGUCUUUAAAUAUACAUGUACUUUAAAAAUAUACUGUAAGUUUUAGAACUCAAAAUGUCCUCCUCACUGCAAAAAGAGCAUUUGAAACCAAUCUGCCAAAAUGACUCAUUCUCUAUUUCCUCCACAUUGUGAUGUCACAUUGUGGUAGACAUUUGCAUCUGACCGCCUCCACAACAACACAUCAACUCCUACUUUACCUUGUCACUUCAGGAACCCCACCCAGUAGCGGUAAGCAGUGAGAUGGCAAGUAGAGAGCAGGUCAGUCAAGAGCAGAGAGCCAAUCAUAACAGUGGGUGUAUACUGUCAAGUCUUAAAGGAGAAGCAACACCAAAACUGAGCGUUUUUGACAGAGGGUUAGAAUAAGGGUGAAAAAUACUCAUGUUUUACAAAUAUAUGAGUGUUAUUUGUGCAAAUAACUUUACUAAUAUUAUAAGAGAACCUCAAAGAACAUAUAAAAAUAAUAAUAAAGUCAUGUCAUGACAACUUUAACACUUAAUUUGCUUUACCAAAUAUGUAUAAGCUGUCAGGCUGAUAAGGGCCUUUUAAUUAGGUGCAUUUUAAAUGUAUUUGACUACAUGCAGUUCUUGACAUGACAAUGUUUUAACACUUGAUAGAUUGACAGUAACUCUAAAAUAUCAAUCCAUGAGACUGAAAGCUAUACAGUCUGGCAGGCCUUAUACUCACACAAACUCACACUCAAAUGGACAAACACUAGCCAAUAUGUGCACCAGAACUGGCCAGAAGAGUUUCUCCAUUCAUGCAAUAUGAAAGGAAUAGUUAACCCAAAAAUUUAAAUUCUCUCAUUAUUUACUCAUCCUCAUGCCAUCCCAGAUGUUUAUGACUUUCUUUCUUCUGCAGAACACAAAUGACGAUUUUUAGAAGAAUAUUUCAGCUCUGUAGGUCCAUACAAUGCAAGAGAAUGGGUGCCAAAAGUUUAAAACCCCAAAAAUCACAUAAUGGCAAAAAGUAAUCCAUAUGACUCUGGUGGUUAAAUCCACAUUUUCUGAAACAAUAUGAAAGGUGUUGGUGAGAAACAGAUCAAUAUUUAAGUCAUUUUUGAUAGAAAUUCUUCUUCCUGCCCAGUAGGGUGCAUAUGCAUAAAGAAUAUAAAUCACCAAAAACACAAGAAGAAGAAAGUGAAAGUUAGGCUGUGUCUCAUUUGGAAGGAUGCGUCCUCCAGAGGUCGCGUCCUUUGAAGGCUGCAGUAUACCGAGUGUCCUCCUUUAAACAAGUCUCGUUUAAACGAGACGGCCUUCGUAAGACGAACGGAAACAGAACGUAACAUGGUUGCUAUGACAGUACGCCACUCUUUAACAAGCACAGCGCUUUGAGUGAGAAGGGAACAAAGUCCCUCUGGAAGGGAGUGCAUGAGGUACAUUUUAGGAGAGUUAUGAUGUAGAGAGAAAAGAAAAUAGAUUUUACAGGUGUACUUUUUGUGUAAUACUUUAUUUUAAUUAUAUAUUAAUAGAAUUAUACAUAUUAUAUACUCUGCACCCAUCUUCUGUGGUACUUCAACUUGGGAAUUAACAUUACUUGCGUUUGAACAUCAUAUUUACAGGCAAAUUGGCGUAAUUUUUUUUAGACAUUUCCGUUGAAGCAAAGAAUUGUGGGUUGUGAGAUCCCACAAAGGAUACACCUCAUGCAUCCUCCGAAUUCCCGUGAAAGAAGGUCGUAUUCGAAUGCUGCAUUCGAAGUGUCCUACUCGCUUUUCUGAUACGAGACAGCCUCGAUGACGUAUGCAGCCAACAAAUGCGACCUCCGGAGUUCCAAACGAGACACGGCCUUAAAGUGGAGAUUGACUGCGCAGGGAGGAGAAUUUAUAGUACAAUUGGACUUAAAUAUUGAUCUGUUUCUCAACCACACCAACUCAACUCAAAUCGCUUCUGGAGACAUAGAUUUAACCACUGGAGUCAUAUGGAUAACGUUUAUGCUGACUUGUGUUAUUUUUGGAGCUUCAAAAUUUUGGCACCCAUUUACUUGCAUUGUAUGGACCAAAAGAGCUGAAAUAUUCUUCUAAAAAUCUUAAUUUGUGAUCUGCUUAAGAAAAAAAUUCAUACACAUCUGGGAUGGCAUCAGGGUGAGUAAAUGAUGAGAGAAUUGUCAUUUUUGGGUGAACUAUUCCUUUAUUAUGAUUAUUAUCCUGCUCAGGAGCAAUUUAUGUCUUGUACUGUUAUUAACACAUAAAUCAUAAUGUCUUGUACUGUUAUUAACACAUAAAUCAUAAUGUCUUGUACUGUUAUUAACAUAUAAAUCAUAAUGUCUUGUACUGUUAUUUUUGUAAUUUGAAAGAUGCAAAAUUGAGAGGUGCUAUGAUUAGAGAUUAUUUGGUAUCCAAUGGUAAGUGUUUGUUAAGUAUUGUAACCUUUUAACUGCCUUUUUUGUUUUAUUUGUAACCUAUCUUCAUGUUAAUUAAUUCAGAAUGAAUCUUCGUGGAUUGCAUACGUUUACCCAAAAUGACUUGUAAACGUGAACCUAUCCUGUCUUAGCAGGAUCUGCUGAAGCUUCUUAAAGACUGUUACACAUGAAUCGAAACAUCUUUUAGGCAUCUUUAUAUGUGUUUUGUAUGGUUUUAUGACUGUGUCUUUGUCUUAUUAUGUAAUAAGAUAUAUUAAUUUUAUGAAAUCAUUAGUCACAAGAAUCUGAUGGUUUUCAGAUAUAGGAACCUCACCAGCAAGGAUAUAAAGCCAUUUACUCAA